GCGCCAUAAAAAGUAGAGAAGAAUACAAGGUUUGAAGUGAUCAAGGGGAUAAGCAGUUUAAGGUCGACUUGUUCGGAAACAAUGCUAACCACCACCACUGCCACUCUCAGUCUCAGCUCCUCCUCCUCUGCCUCCCAACUCCCACCACUCUUCCACUCUCUAUCACCAAACCCAAUCUCCCUCAGAUUCUCCUCCACAUUACAGCUAACCAAAACCAGAACCAGACCAACGCUUAAAACUCUCACUCGCCAAAAAUGCCAGCUCCCUGCUCUGAGAGUGUCUGCUAAAUACGAAGCUGCCCCUGCCACGGCUGAGGCCUCCACGGUGCCGUCGGAGAUGAAGGCGUGGGUGUAUGAGGAGUACGGGGGUGUUGAUGUCUUGAAGUUUGAUACCAAAGUUGCAGUGCCUGAGUUGUUGGACGAUCAGGUUUUGAUUAAGGUUAUGGCUGCUGCGCUUAAUCCGGUUGACUUCAAGAGGAGGCAGGGGAAGUUCCAGAGCACUGACUCUCCUCUUCCGACCGUUCCGGGCUAUGAUGUAGCUGGUGUGGUGGUGAAGGUUGGCAGUCAAGUAAAGGACUUCAAGGUGGGGGAUGAAGUGUACGGGGACAUACAUGAGAAAGCUUUGGAUGGGCCUAAGCAAUCUGGCUCACUUGCUGAGUACACUGCUGUUGAAGAGAGGUUAAUUGCACUAAAGCCUAAGAAUCUAGACUUUGCUCAGGCUGCCUCUCUACCUCUUGCAAUCGAGACUGCUUACGAGGGUCUCGAAAGGACAGGGUUUUCUGCUGGUAAAUCUUUGCUUGUUUUAAAUGGUGCUGGUGGAGUUGGAAGCCUGGUGAUUCAGCUAGCAAAACAUGUAUUUGGAGCUUCAAAAGUUGCAGCCACUUCAAGCACUAAAAAAUUAGAGUUGUUGAAGAGCUUGGGUGCUGAUUUGGCAAUUGACUACACCAAGGAGAACAUCGAAGAAUUGCCAGAAAAGUUUGAUGUUGUCUACGAUGCUAUUGGUCAAUGCGAUAAGGCAGUGAAGGUGGUGAAAGAAGGUGGCAGUGUGGUGGCUCUAACAGGUGCAGUAACACCUCCAGGCUUCAGAUUUGUAGUGACAUCCAAUGGUGCUGUCCUGAAGAAAUUAAACCCCUAUCUAGAGAGUGGGAAGGUGAAGCCAGUGAUAGACCCCAAAGGGCCCUUCCCUUUCUCCAAGGUUGUCGAGGCCUUCUCUUACCUCGAAACGAAUCGAGCCACUGGAAAGGUAGUCAUAGAUUCAAUUCAAUGAGCAGGAAGAAAGAAACAGUGAGGCAAUUUUGCAAUGUAUUACUUUGUGUAUACAAAAUAUGAGUGAAGAACACUUGAAUGUAUCUGAAGACUGAAUAAAUGCUAAAUACU